AUGGGUAGUGGGAAGGGAGGGUCAGUAGAAGCUUUGUUUAAUGUAAAAGGACGUGAAGCUUUAGAGUCAUCUGUAGGUAGAUUCUUUUUUGCUAAUGCCAUCCCAUUUAAUGUGGCACGCUCCUCUUACUUCAAAGAAAUGUUCAUGGAUAUAGCCAAUUUCGGUCCCACAGCCACCCCCCCGAGAGAUCAUAAGCUACGGACUACUAUCUUAGACAAAGAAUAUUCCAAGAUUAAUGUGUUAAUGGAGGAUAUGAAACGAACUUGGAUGAGGAUUGGUUGCUCUAUUGUGAGUGAUGAGUGGACUGAUGUUAGACAUCGUCCACUCAUCAAUAUCAUUGUCACAUGCCCUGCUGGUUCUUAUUUUCUAAAAGCUGUGGAUUGUUCAGGGAAGCGUAAGGAUGCAGAGUUCCAGUUUAGUAUUUUGAGAGAUGCCAUAGAGGAGGUUGGGGCAGCUAAUGUUGUACAGGUGAACACAGAUUCAGCACGUGUGUGCAAAUCAGCUGGUAUGAUGGUGGAGGGUGCUUACAAGCACAUCUUUUGGACCCCAUGUUGUAUUCAUGCAUUAAACAAUGCAUUGAAAGACAUAGGAAAAAUAGAUUGGGUGAAGCAUGCGGUGGCAAAAGCUAGAGACAUUCAAAUGUUCAUUUGCAACCACCACACCUCACUUGCUCUCUUUAGAUCAUUUUCAAACAAGGAGUUCCUCAAACCCAUUGAAACAAGGUAUGCUAGUUACUUCAUCUUGUUGGAGAGGAUGCUUGAGGUGCAUGAUCCUCUACAGUUGAUGGUGGUGAAUCCUGAGUGGACUAGAUGGCGCGAAUCAAACUCUACUGAAGGAAAAUCUACCAAACAAAAGAUCCUUGAUGACAAUUGGUGGUCCACUGUGAGAUACCUUUUCUCUAUCAUUUCUCCUAUUGUAGAUGUCAUUAGAUAUGCUGAUACAGACUCUCCUAGUCUUGGAGAGAUAUAUGAGACAUUUGAUAGUAUGCUUGGGAAGAUUAAGCAAACAAUUUCGGAUAAGGAUCCUACUUUGGAGUUCUAUGAGCAACAUAUCAAGCCCAUUGUGACAUGA